AUGGAUUCCCGGUCCCUGAGGGCGACUGCCUCGCAGGAGACGCUGAUCUCGCUGAUGCAACUCGAGCCGCAGCCCAUGCCAGACACCGACAAGGACCUCCCACCGCUGCCUGAGGAGUCGAGUGAUGGCACGAGGACAGAGGCAGACCCCGAGAAGGAAUCCACCAGGUCGAUUGGGUCCCGCGACGGGCCAGGCCAUGCCCGGGCGUCGUCUCUCGGGCUGAGUGGGAGCGGCCACGGCUCGAUAUACUAUCUAACACGCAUCCAACGCUACUCAACAUACGCCCUCUCCAUCUUCACCGGCCUGCACAUCGCAAACACCUCCAUAAUACCGCUCGUCACCCGCUCCGUGCCCGCGUCCGAGGGCUACCUCCUGCUCGCCCGCGAGAUCUACCAGACCCCCAUGACCGAGCCCCUCUUCGUCGCCCUGCCCAUAGCCGCCCACAUCGCCUCGGGCGUCGCCCUGCGCCUGGUGCGCCGCUCCCAGAACCUCAAGCGCUACGGCGGCGCGACCCCGGCCUUCCUGCCCGCGAGGUCGUCCACGGGGCGGUCUGCCACGUCCUCCUCGUCGUCGUCCUCACCCUCCUCAAACGGCGGCAACGGGUCAGCCUGGCCGCAGCUGAGCUGGAUCUCCGCGUCGGGGUACGGCUUCGCGGCCUUCCUCGCGGCGCACGUCGCCCUCAACCGCCUGCUGCCGCUGCACGUCGAGGGCGACAGCUCCAACAUCGGCCUGGCGUACGUGGCGCACGGCUUCGCGUCGCACGCGGCCGUCUCGUACGCCGGCUACGCGGGGCUGCUGGGCCUCGGCUGCGGCCACAUGGUCUGGGGGUGGGCCAGGUGGAUCGGGCUGGCGCAGAUGGCCGGGUGGGCCGCCGACAUCAAGACCGUGGGGACCACGCGCGACAGGAACGAGGACGUGCGCCGCAGGAAGCGCAGGAGACGCAUAUGGCUGUGGGUCAACGGCACCGCGGUCGCCGCCACGGCCGUGUGGGCGGCUGGCGGGCUGGGCAUCGUGGCCCGCGGCGGGCCGGCUCACGGCUGGGUCGGCAAGGUGUAUGAUGAGUUGUUUGCCGCCGUUGGGCUCGGGCAUUAUUAG